AUGCCGACUAAAGUGCUCGAUUUAUUAGAUGAAAUGAAUAUUGAACCUAAUCAAGCUAUUCUCGCUGUUUUAUUUAGUGCUUGUUCUCGAGUUGCUAAUGAUCGAGCAAUGAAAAUUGGAAGAAAACUUCUUGAUGAAAUGCCUAAGAAUUUUGUAAAUGGCAAUUAUAUUCAAAAUUCAGCAAUAAAUAUAUUAAUAAGAUUUGGUGAUGUUAGAAGUGCGAGAAAUCUUUUUCACAUGAUCCGAAAAAAGAACAUAAUUACUUAUGGAACUACGAUGAAUGAAUAUAAUAUAAAUAGUGAACCAUUGAAAAGUUUAAAACUUUUUGAAGAAAUGAAGCGAAAUGAUAUAAAUGCCGAUGCAAUCGUAUUAAUCAUACUGAUUGGUGCAUGUGCACGACUUGGUAUGCUUUCAAAAUGUCAAUCAAUUGUUGCUCAAAUACCUUUGCACUUCUAUGAGAAUCAACGUAUACGCAAUUCAUUAAUUGAUAUGUGGAUUGAUUGUUUAAGUCGCCUUUUUUUAUUUGAUGAAGCACAAAAGCUAUUAGAAGAUUAUGAAAAAUCCAAUCCACCUUAUUCAGCUAUGUACAGUGAUCAUGAAGAAGCAGAGAAUAUUCGAUUGAAUCGAAUAAAAGAACAAUUCAAAGCUCAUGACCGUUCUCAUUCUCGAUCAAAAGAAAUUUAUGCUGAAGCUGAACGUAUAUCAUCUGAACUUAUUAAACAUGGACAUAAUUAUGAUUCAAGUUGGAUUACUCGUCCGUUACAUGAAAAUGAAAAAAUGGAAUCUAUUUUAUGUGCUCAUAGUGAACGACUUGCAAUUGCCUUUAAUUUUAUUCAAGAAACAAAACCAUCGUUUAUUCAAAUUACAAAAAAUUCUUCGUGUCUGCGGUGA